CUCCUCGGGCUCCCCUCUGCAGUCGCCUUUGCUGCCUGUUAAGACAGGGUUAUUCAGCAAUAGUUAUGAACUCCCGUUUACGAGCCUUAGGUGGGAGGAUAAAUAACAUACGAGCAUCAGAGCUACCAAAAGAGAAAACCCGAUCAGAAAUAACCUGUAACGUCCACUUUUUGGAUGGCUCAGUACAAAGCUUCAAAGUCAACAAACAAGACACUGGACAAAUUUUGUUGGAUAUGACCUAUAAUCAGCUGGGUGUGACAGAGAAGGAAUAUUUUGGUUUACAGCAAAAUGAGAAUUCAGUAGAUUCACCUCGAUGGCUUGAACCAAGCAAACCUAUUAGGAAACAGUUAAAAGGAGGUUUUCCCUGCACGCUUCAUUUUCGUGUAAGGUUUUUUCUACCUGAUCCUAACACACUUCAGCAAGAACAAACAAGGCAUUUAUUCUUUCUGCAGUUGAAGACUGAUAUUGCAGAAGGAAGGUUGUCAUGCCCCAUUAAUUCUGCUGUGGUCCUGGCAUCAUAUGCAGUACAAUCGCAACUUGGAGACUAUAAUGCUUCGGUACAUUGUUCAGGAUAUCUGUCAAAUUACAACUUUAUACCAGAGCAGAACAAGGAUUUUCUUACCAAAGUAGAAACACUACAUGAGCAACACAGUGGCCUCAAGCAAUCUGAAGCAGAGUCCUGCUAUAUAAAUAUAGCAAGAACACUUGAAUUCUAUGGAGUGGAAUUGCACAGUGGUAGAGAUCUCCAUAAUCUAGAUCUUAUGAUUGGGAUCGCAUCCGGUGGAAUUGCUGUAUAUAGAAAACUCAUCUGUACAAGCUUCUAUCCCUGGGUGAACAUAUUAAAAAUUUCCUUUAAAAGGAAAAAGUUUUUUAUACAGCAACGGCAAAAACAUAAUGAAUCCAGAGAGCAUAUUGUUGCCUUCAACAUGUUAAAUUACAGAGCAUGCAAAAAUCUUUGGAAAUCUUGUGUAGAGCAUCACACAUUUUUUCAGGCAAAGAAGUCACUACCUCAUGAAAAAAAGAUAUUAUCACAUUAUUGGACUCUGGGUUCUAGAAAUCCAGCAAAGUCUGUAAACAACCAGUUCUGCAGAAAAGUGAUAGGUGGGAUGGUUUGGAACCCAUCCAUGAGACGAUCCUUAUCAGUUGAGCACCUAGAGACCAAAAGCCUUCCUUCUCGAUCACCUCCUGUUACCCCCAAUUGGCGGAGUCCUAGACUACGUCACGAAAUCCGCAAACCACGACACUCAUCUGUAGAUAACCUUACGAAUGAGAUUAGUUAUAUUACUGAAACAGAGGAUGUUUUUUACACAUAUAAGUGCUCUCCAACAUCAAAGGAGAGUGAUUCAGAGUUCUCUCAGAACCGUAGUCCACAGAGGAGGUCAUCUGAACAAGAAUCACCAAAGAACGUAUUGGGAAACAGUCCGACGCAGAGUUCUCUGACCCGUCUCUCACCUAAAGCCUUGGCUCGGUAUCCCAACGGAGUCGGAAACAUUUCUGGCUCUUACCCGUUGGAAGGGGUGGAUAAGCAGUUCUUAGAAACGUAUGACAACGUUACAAAAAGUAGCUCGACGGAAGAUUCCAGUCAGUACUACUGUGAUAAGAAUGAUCUAAUUGAGGGAGAUUUACUUUUGGUGCGUAUCAUACCAGAUGAAGAAGGGAAGUUUGGAUUUAAUCUAAAGGGUGGAGUAGAUCAGAAAAUGCCACUGGUGGUAUCAAGAAUAACUCCAGGAUCACCUGCUGAUAAAUGCAUUCCAAAGCUGAAUGAAGGUGAUCAGAUAGUAUUAAUUAAUGGCCGAGAUAUCUCAGAGCACACGCAUGACCAGGUGGUCAUGUUCAUAAAAGCCAGCAGAGAAUCUCACACAAGAGAGCUUGCACUUUUGGUCAGGAGGAAAGUAAUUAAACAGUUUGUGGAGACCAAAUCAGAAGAUGAAGCUGAUUCCCACAUUCUGCCAGAAUCUAUUCUUCCUGUCUGUUCUGAAUAUGGUGGUGAUACACUGGAGGAGUCUAUGGAGCAGCUAAGAAGAGGGCUAGAAAGUGGGACUGUCCUUAUUCAGUUUGAGCAACUUUAUAGAAAGAAACCAGGAUUGGCUGUUACAUGUGCAAAGGUACCUCAGAAUAUGGACAAGAAUAGAUACAAAGAUGUUCUACCUUAUGAUGCCACAAGGAUAAUAUUGCAAGGAGAUGAAGAUUACAUUAAUGCAAAUUAUGUGAAUAUGGAAAUUCCUUCUGCUGGCAUUGUGAACCGGUACAUUGCUACUCAGGGGCCUCUUCCACACACAUGUGCACACUUCUGGCAAGUAGUCUGGGAUCACAAAUUAUCACUGAUCAUCAUGUUAACAACUCUCACUGAACGAGGACGGACCAAAUGUCAUCAGUACUGGCCUGAUCCACCAGACGUCAUGGAAUAUGGCUGCUUCCGUGUCAGAUGCCACUCUGAAGACUGCACAAUUGCUUAUGUUGUCAGAAAAAUGGUCAUUACAAAUAUUGAGACAGAACAGCAACACACCGUCACCCAUCUCCAGUACGUAGCUUGGCCUGAUCAUGGCGUUCCUGAUGACUCCAUGGACUUCUUGGAGUUUGUGACCUGUAUGAGGCCAAAGAGAGUAAAGAAUGAGCCAGUUCUUGUUCACUGCAGUGCAGGAAUCGGUCGCACUGGUGUGUUGGUCACUAUGGAAACAGCCAUGUGCCUAAUUGAAAGGAACCAGCCUGUUUAUCCACUGGAUAUUGUACGGAAAAUGAGAGACCAGAGAGCUAUGAUGGUGCAAACAUCAAGUCAAUACAAGUUUGUUUGUGAAGCUAUUCUUCGUGUUUACAAAGAAGGAUUGGUUCGACCACUGGAUUCCAGUUAGCACAGCAGUGAAGGAUGAAUUCCUUUUUUGCCUAAAAAACCUGCUCUUUAAGUAGAGCAAGGGCUUGUUUCUGAAACCAACUAGAAUGGACUAGAAGCCCGUGAAAAGACAGAUGAGCAUGUUUGAACUGUGGCACUUUAAAUUUCUCAAGAACAUUGCUAAAUCAUGUACAGUGUAACAAAGUCACAUAGAUAUAUGACGGCAAUUGUGUGUAAUAUACAUUAUUCACAUAAACAACCAUAAACAAUCAUGGAAACCUUAACAAAUAUCUUUUACUGCCUUAAGACACCCUUUACUUUGGAAGUUACGAAGUUCCUUGUGCUUCCUUUGAAAUAGCAAGAAGAAAACUAUUAUUGAAAUAAGUCAUCUUAAGAAGGUAUUUAAUAUAUUUGUAUCAUAUGAAAGUUCAUUGAAGGUGAAUAUUUGUAACUUUCCUUUUGGGAUACUAAAUAUCCACAGAACUGUAACCUUGACUAAAAGGCUGACGAAGAGCUUUAAAGGCUUAUGCAUACCUACUGAACACUGAGCUGGAGAAAUUUAGUAUUCGGUUACCGUAAAUCUAUUAGUGAGUAUGCCAGCUGUUAUAAUAUGCUGCUUAGAAAUCACAUCUACUGUAUGUGAUGUGAAAAUAAUGCUGCAUUGAGGCAUUUAUGCAGGUGGUACAGCCUACAUCUUCUGUUGAUCAAUUUUAGUUGCAACUUGCCCUUUUGACAGGGACCUACUUCUUACAGUUUUAGUUAUUGCACCCCUUUUCUUCUGUUUCUGCUGUCUCCUUUAUACUUUCCACUGCUGUUUCUGUAUGUGGACUGAAAAUAUUUUAACUUAAAACGAGGUUUAAUUCUCUGUCAUGUUUGUUUCCAUGUGUAUUUAUGAGUUCUCAGAUGUAAAUGUGGAUUAAUAUUGCACACAAGUACUAGACUUUUGACUUACUGUAUAUGCAGAGUAGUCUAAUCCAAUACUGGAAGAAAAAUUACUACUGAACCCAUCAAAUAUGUUGCUGCUAUUUCAAGGUGUGAAGCUUACAAGGGCACAGGUGUUGCUAGUGUUCAGAUGGUGAUAAAAUGUUGACUUGCUGCCCUCCAGCAAAAGCACUCUUAUCCAGCGAAACACGACUCCCUUUUGCAAGAGUUCUCCAGAUUUACUGUGUUUCUUGCUUAUACAGAAAUGCAGUUAAAUUCACCUGAAGAUUUACAUGGAAAGAGAAAAUGAAUUUGUACAUUGAUGAAUAAUUCACCCUAAGGUACACUGGUCUCUAUUUCAUUUCAGAUGAGAGAAUUGGACUUUCUGAACAGUAUAACCACAUUUGUAUAAUGUUAAAUUAUUUUGUGUGUGCUUUUUGAUUAACCUGAGAUAGUUAUUCAUUUUUUAAUAGUGUUUG